UCCUCAUCGCUUGAAAGCAUCAUUGGGAGGCGAAGAAGAUGAAGAUUUUUGGGUCUGUAAGGUCCAUUUUCAAUCACGCAGAUGCCGCGGACAAGUGGCUGAUGGCCCUGGGGCUUCUUGGGGCGGUUGGCGACGGCAUCUCCACCCCGUUCGUAUUGUUCCUUUCGAGCCGACUCAUGAAUAAUAUAGGCGAUGCGCCAUCUCUAGACAAAGAUCAAUUCACGCAUGUCAUCAACAAGAAUGCAUUGUCCCUGGUCUACGUGGCUUGUGCACUAUUCGUCGCUGCUUUUCUAGAGGGGUACUGUUGGACGAGAACGGGCGAGAGGCAAGCCUCACGGAUGAGGUCCACGUAUCUGAAAGCAGUGCUAAGGCAGGACGUAGGCUAUUUCGACUUGAACGUCACCAGCACGUCCGAGGUCAUCACGAGUGUUUCCAACGAUACCCUCGUGAUCGAAGAUGCUCUUAGUGACAAGGUGCCAAACUUUUUGAUGAACACGUCCACAUUCAUUGGGAGCUAUGUAGCAGCGUUCCUCCUGCAGUGGAGACUUGCCCUUGUGGGCUUUCCCUUCGUGGUGCUCCUCGUAAUCCCUGGCUUGAUCUACGGAAGGACUCUAAUGGGACUAGCAAGAAGAGUCGGGGAAGAGUACAACAAGGCAGGCACAGUUGCAGAACAGGGCAUAUCCUUCGUCAGAACAGUUUAUGCCUUCGUGGGCGAGAGCAAGACCAUGAGCGAUUUCUCUGGAGCGCUUGAAGGGUCGGUCCGAUUGGGGUUGAAGCAGGGCUUGGCCAAAGGCCUGGCCGUUGGGAGCAACGGGGUUGUGUUUGGGAUCUGGGCAUUCAUGGCUUACUAUGGUAGCAGAAUGGUCAUGUACCACGGCGCAAAGGGCGGUACUGUUUAUGCCGUCGGAGCUGGCUUAGCCGUCGGGGGAUUAGCAUUUGGCGCCGGUUUAUCGAAUUUGAAGUACUUUGCUGAAGCCAUCUCUGCAGUGGAUCGUAUCGCGGAGUUGAUCAAUCGAGUCCCCAAGAUCGAUACCGACAACAUGGAAGGGAAGAUCAUCGAGAAAGUUUCCGGUGAAAUCGAAUUCAAGCACGUGGAGUUUGCAUACCCGUCGAGGCCUAAAAACUUCAUCUUCAGGGACUUCUGCGUGACGAUACCAGCGGGAAAGUCGGUUGCUCUUGUGGGCAGCAGCGGUUCUGGGAAAUCUACGGUCAUCUCUUUACUGCAAAGGUAUUAUGAUCCUCUCAAUGGAGAAAUCCUUCUGGAUGGAGUUCCCAUUGAUAAGUUGCAGCUUAAGUGGUUAAGGUCGCAGAUGGGCUUGGUGAGCCAAGAGCCGACAUUAUUUGCCACCACCAUAAAGGAGAACAUCCUCUUUGGUAAGGAAGAUGCCACCAUGGAAGAGGUAGUUGAAGCAGCCAAAGCUUCCAAUGCACAUAAUUUCAUCUCUCAAUUGCCUCAGCGAUAUGAUACGCAGGUUGGAGAAAGAGGCAUUCAAAUGUCUGGAGGACAGAAGCAGAGAAUUGCCAUUGCAAGAGCUAUAAUCAAAUCCCCUCGAAUUCUCCUCCUUGAUGAGGCAACCAGCGCUUUGGACUUGGAAUCAGAAAGGAUCGUUCAAGAAGCCCUUGAAAAAGUCGCGGUUGGGCGAACCACCGUCAUCGUCGCUCAUCGGCUAUCCACCAUCCAAAAUGCCGACGUCAUUGCUGUUGUCCAAAAUGGGCAGGUGAUGGAAACCGGCUCGCAUCAAGAGUUGAUCCAACGUGAAGAAGGCAUAUAUUCUUCCCUCGUGCAUCUUCAACAAACGGAGAGCAAGAGAACUCAAGACGAAAGUCGGGUCACAACCACAAGGUCACCAUACUCUCCUAAAAUCGACUUUACAAGCGAUCCCACUGCUUCCAUCUUCAGCUCAGCUGACAUUGCAGAAUCAAUUCAAGAAUCAACAGGGAAAGGGAACACAAGAGAAGGCCAGAGAAUCCAAACUUCAUUGCUUCGAAGAUUAUUAGCUUUCAGUCGCCCGGAAUGGAGACAAGUAGCCACGGCAUGUGUUACACUCUCAGUCUUAUGUGGUGCCAUUCAACCGGUGUUCGCUUUCUUGAUGGGGUCGAUGAUAUCGGUCUUCUUCCUGACAGAUCAUAAUGAAAUUAAGGAGAAGACAAGGACGUACACACUGUGCUUUGCAGGGUUCUUCGUGUUCUCCUUGCUGAUCAACACGGCUCAACACUACAAUUUCGCCUAUGUUGGGGAGUAUUUGACUAAGCGGAUCCGCCAGAUGAUGCUAGCGAAGAUUCUGACUUUUGAGGUCGGUUGGUUCGAUCAAGAUGAGAACUCGAGUGGCGCCGUUUGCUCUAGACUUGCCAAAGAUGCCAAUGUGGUGAGAUCCUUAGUAGGCGACCAAAUGUCUCUCCUUGUACAAGCCAUCUCAGCAGCAACCAUAGCCUGCAUAAUGGGACUACUGAUUGCGUGGAGGCUUGCCAUUGUCAUGAUAGCCAUCGAGCCGCUCAUCAUUGUCUGCUUUUAUGGAAGAAAAUCCCUGCUCAAGGGCAUGUCGCAGAAGGCCAUUGAAGCACAGAAUGAGUGCAGCAAGUUGGCUGCUGAAGCAGUGUCCAACCACAGAAUAAUCACUGCCUUCUCUUCCCAAGAAAGAAUCCUGAAGAUGCUGAGCAAGGCCCAAGAAGGCCCGCUGAGAGAGAACAAGAGGCAGUCAUGGUUUGCUGGGUUCGGGCUUGGUGCAUCCCAGUGCCUUACCAAGUGCACAUGGGCUUUCGACUUUUGGUACGGCGGGAAGUUGGUAUCGCAGGGCUACAUCACCUUCAAAGAGGUUUUUCAGACUUUCCCGAUUUUGAUCACCACUGGGAAGGUCAUCGCCGAUGCUGGAAGCAUGACCACCGACAUCGCCAGGGGCUCGGAUGCCAUGAAGUCUGUCUUCGCAGUCUUGGACCGUGAAACGAACAUCGAGCCUGACGACCCACGAGGCCUCAAACCUGAAAAGAUAUCGGGCCAUGUGGAAGUUCGUGAUGUGGACUUUGCUUAUCCAGCUAGGCCCGAUGCAAUGAUCCUAAAGGACUUCUCUAUCGAUAUCGAGGCGGGGAAGUCGACAGCGUUGGUAGGUCAAAGCGGGUCCGGGAAAUCGACCAUCAUCGGCCUGAUCGAAAGAUUCUACGAUCCACUUCGAGGGACGAUCAAGGUUGACGGCCGAGAAAUAAAAUCAUAUCAUCUCCGAUCUCUGAGACAGCACAUAGCCUUGGUCAGCCAGGAGCCAGCACUAUUUGCUAGCAGUGUGAAGGAGAACAUCAUCUACGGUGUUUCCCGUGCAAUCGAUGAGACGGAGAUCAUCGAAGCCGCUAAAGCAGCAAACGCACAUGGCUUCAUCUCGGGAUUAAAGGACGGGUACAACACCUGGUGCGGCGACAGAGGCGUGCAACUCUCUGGCGGCCAAAAGCAGCGCAUCGCCAUUGCUCGGGCCAUACUGAAGGACCCGAGCGUGUUAUUGCUGGACGAGGCGACGAGCGCGCUCGACGGGCAAUCGGAGAGGACAGUGCAAGAUGCAUUGGAGGGCUUGAUGGUGGGCAGGACUAGUGUGGUGGUUGCUCAUAGGUUGAGCACCAUCCGCAAUUGUGAUGUGAUUGCAGUGUUGGAGAAGGGCAAAUUGGUGGAGAAAGGGACUCACUCUUCUUUGUUGGCUAAGGGUCCUGGAGGAGCUUACUACUCUCUAGCUAGCUUGCAAAUGCCCUGACAUUGCUGUGUGACUACUUGAAUUUCAGUCCAUAAUGUUGAUUAUAUCUUCUUCUUUUUUUAAUACAAGAACUUGCUAUAAUCAUCUAAAGUAUAGAGCUCAAUACUUGUAUCUUUUUGUUCUCUUAAUGUAACCCAUGGUUUGGGACC